CGGCCCUGCGACGUGGCCGCAGUGUCCCCGGGUUUCAGCCAGCGGAAGUCCGCUCCAGCAAGUCGACACAAACAUCCUUCGAGCGCUCGAAGCAAGUCGCAUAGCAAAAAGUGACACCUGAACGCGGACAGGAGUUAGGCCUGGAGAGUCGAAGGGGACGGGUUCCGGCUGGGAUGCCUGCUGUCGCCAACUUGAGGAGAAUAGAUCUAGACUGUUCUCCACAUCCUACCUGGCGGCUUGUCUUAGGAAUAUACAGAAGUCUUUAAUUGAAUCCUGGUUUUGUAAAAACGGAAAAGGACAGUAUUCAGCAUAGUUUGCAGUUUGGGAGAGAAUCUGAGUAAACUCACAGCCAGAGCCAUCUUUAUCGUCAUAAUCAUGUUAACUAUUGUCGGGCACUUAAUUACUUGCUAGGCUUUGCCCUUAAGUGCGUCCCGUGCAGUAGCUCCGUUAGUCCUUGCCUUAGUCCAGCCGGCCAGGCGCUGUCCCCUCGGGGUUAAGGUAAGGAAGGAGCGGCGCGCACAGGGUGAAGGGCGGUGCCCAGGGAGAGUCGCAGGCAGUCGGGCGUCCGCACGCCUGACCGCCGCACCUUCCUCCUCAUAUUCUGCGGGAUCGCUUUCCUUUUAACGUGUAGCAGGCGGACGACUGGAUUUAACCCAAUUGAAUGUUUUAGAAAGAUGUAUUACUUUGAUUUAAAACAAACAAACAAACAAAAACAAAAAAAGUAAGCCUCUUUUCAUUAAACCUUAGCUAAUGUGAAUAAAUUAAUUUCCUGAAGUUCAUACUUCAUUCAUUUAUAUAAUGUAAUGGUCCGACUUACAACCUGGAUGUUAUUGUCACAUAAUAGAUGAUGUCACUUAAAAAAUUUAAAGCCUCUUUUCUUUGGGGGGAGGGAGAGUGUUGCUGAAUAGAUUGAUGACUCUUAUUAGAGAAUAUUUUUCCUAAAUUUUGCAACAUAAACAAGAUUGGUAACCUGUUUUUAGUCUUUGUAUGUCUUUUCACAGGGAUAUAAGUACUAAAAAUAGCCUAUUAGUAUAUUCUUAUAAACCAGCCAUAAGUUGAAUUAAACACUAAACGAUCCACAUAUUUUGUUCUUAGCUGAGGUAGGAGAGUUUGCUUCAGUUUUAAAGUGUUGCAGCAAUUUUAUGUGUUCGUUUAAACUAGAAGACACUUUAACUUUGGUAAGAAAACAAAAGUAGAUUCAGAUUUCCAAGUUAAUGGAAAGGUUUUUUUUACUCUGAUUGUAUUAAAGAUCAGUUUUUAGUUUUUUUCCAGGGUUUCCCAUGCCACAUUCUUGGCCCCUUUUUAAUUAUAAUGGAAAGUUAACAUGUAUAACUAGUUGCCCUUAGUCCAUAAGUGAACCUUUCAGCGAGUCUGGGAAGAUGCAUUCUUUCCUUACUUCUUAUUAUUUCUCGUUAUUUUUUGAAUCCUUGAAAUGUAUAGGACGAUAAUGAAGAUAAUUCAAAUGAUGGGACCCAACCGUCGAAAAGGAGGCGCAUGGGCUCAGGCGAUAGCUCCAGAAGUUGUGAAACUUCAAGUCAAGACCUCGGCUUUAGCUACUAUCCAGCAGAAAAUUUGAUAGAGUACAAAUGGCCACCUGAUGAAACUGGAGAAUACUAUAUGCUUCAAGAACAAGUCAGUGAAUAUUUGGGUGUGACCUCCUUUAAACGGAAAUAUCCAGAUUUAGAGCGACGAGAUUUGUCUCAUAAAGAGAAACUCUACCUGAGAGAGCUAAAUGUCAUUACAGAAACUCAAUGCACUCUAGACUGUGUUUCUCCAGCCGGAGCUGAAACACAGAUGUCUCUCGGGACCAGGAUGAGGAGCAUUCCUGUGCAGCGUGGAGCAGAGCUGUCUAGCCAGAGAGGCGCCUGGCCUCAGGGCCAUCUUGCUGCCAUGCUGCUUGGUUUAACAGCAUUGCGCAGUGAUGAAGUAAUUGAUUUAAUGAUUAAAGAAUAUCCAGCCAAACAUGCUGAAUAUUCUGUAAUUCUACAAGAAAAAGAACGUCAACGAAUUACAGAUCAUUAUAAAGAGUAUUCUCAAAUGCAACAACAGAAUACGCAAAAAGUUGAAGCCAGCAAAGUGCCUGAGUAUAUUAAGAAAGCUGCCAAAAAAGCAGCUGAAUUUAACAGCAACUUAAACCGGGAACGCAUGGAAGAAAGAAGAGCUUAUUUUGACCUACAGACACACGUUAUCCAGGUCCCUCAAGGGAAGUACAGAGUGUUACCGACAGAGCGGACCAAGGUCAGUUCCUACCCGGUGGCCCUCAUCCCCGGACAGUUCCAGGAAUAUUACAAAAGGUAUUCACCGGACGAACUGCGGUAUUUGCCAUUAAACACGGCACUGUACGAGCCUCCCCUGGAUCCCGAGCUCCCUGCCCUGGAUAGUGACGGUGACUCGGAUGAGGCUGAGGAAGGUCGAGGCGGUGAGAGGAGGCGAGCUGAAGGCACCUCGGACAGCUCCUCUGGCAACGUGUCUGAGGGGGAAGGCCUUCCCGACAGCCAGGAUGAGUCCUUACAGGGAAGACAGAGAUCCAGGGACAAAGCUGCGACUCCACGGAAAGAUGCUCCCAAACGCUCUGUACUGUCCAAGUCAGUUCCUGGGUACAAGGCACACAUAGGGUCCUGUUCCACGAAGCUUCACGGGAGUUCUGCACGCUGCCCCCUUCCUCCAUCGACUCCACAGCACACUGAGAGACUGGUUUCCCAGUUUCCCAGCCAGCGGUCCGUAUCUGCUGUGCGAGGUCCUGGAUGUGAACAGUGUGACCUCUUAGAGAGCUGAGAGUACUUGAAUGAACAAAGUAGUUUUUAUACUGAGCCGUGGCACUACCAUAGAAAACGCUAAAAAGCGCUUGCUCGCUUGCUGGGUUUCUCUCUCUUUCUCUGUCUCUCCCCCCACUCCUCCCUCUCCCCCUGCCCCUCCUCCUCGUGCCUCUCCCUCUCCCCCCCCGGCGCUCCCUCUACUCCCUCUUUUCAUCAAGAUGAAGACUAUUGGGUAAGAAAAAUUUUAAGUGGUUUAACAAAACAUGAUUUUAAGCUUAGAAGUAAACCUAGAAUUUUCUUGGUGUCCCUUUUAUCAUAGGUGUUUAAUGUAUAUUUUAAUGAUUGUAGAACUUGAAUGAAUUGCUCUAGAAUGUGAAUGACUAGCCUUGUGUUUUAUUCCUUUUGACUUUUGUAAAGGAUCUCCUAUCUCCUGAGAGGAGCUCUUUUAAGAAUUUAACAUUGUGUGGUUACUUUCUUGACUUUAGUGAAAGAUAUUAGAGUGCUUAGUAUGCCCGUAUCUAACAUAAACUACAAGUAUUAAAUAAGUAUCUUUUACAUUCAGUUCAGGUAAUGUAAACGUAACCAAAAGAUAUUUCUUAUUUUGGUGAAUUGAGGGAUAGCUUUCUGCUGUAUAUUAUGGCAGUUAUAGAUUUGAUCAUGACUGAACUAGAAUUUGGAUCAUAGAAGUGCACUUCCUAGCUAUUUUGUAUUGAGUAUAGGAAAAGACAAUGAGAACCUUAUGCUUAGAAUGUAGCAGCAACAACAGAGGGUAACUACACUGCAGGACUUAAACGGUUUGAGCAUGUGACACUAGCCUUUUGUUGGGGAGCAGGGUAUAAAGCUACACAUGCAGGAGAUGUAGAAUAGUUAACGGUAAAGUUUUAUAUGUAUGUUUUAACUUCCAUGAUAUUUAUUAUUUUGUAGAGAUAUUUGUGAUUGUUUAGAGUUAUUGUUUUUAUUAUAUUUAUGUAUAAGGUUGACUUUUUAAAUAAAUAAGCCAAAAAUUA